AUGCAAUGCAUGGACAUCCUUCACUUGUCAAUCGUCAAUCCUUCUUCUUCACAGCUAAGUUUGAAACACAAUCACCCUUCAAAAUUUUAUCCCAGAACUCGACUUCUGUGUUGCUCAAGAUCCUAUCAUGAUGAAGAUGGGGGGAAUUCUAUAAAGACUCUGUCUUUAUUGCCCAGUCAUGUGAAAACAAUCACAAGUACAUCAAACCCAUUUGUGAAACACUGUGUCAAGCUUCGAGAGAGCUCCUCAUAUCGUCAUUCUCACGGUUCAGUUCUUCUCGUGGGUUCUACCCCUAUAAGAGAACUAUGCAGUUUUGAAGGAAAUGAUCGAGAUCAAUCUGCAACAAUAGAAUGCUUACUUGUGCUUGAUACUACUCAAGUUUCUGAAGAUUUGAGUAACCAUACUAUUCGCCGCGUCACUGUUAGUCCGGUGGUGAUGAAGAAAUUGUGUGGGCUGCAAUCGACUGAUUCUAUUGAGAUGGCUGCACUGAUAAGAAUUCCUUCAAGGUUUCAUAAAUUGGACAGCAACUCAAAAGCGAAAGAUCUUCAUAAAUGGUUCCCAGUUCAUCACCGGAUCCUGGUGCUUGAUGGAAUCCAGGACCCUGGUAACCUUGGUACACUUCUGAGAUCAGCAAUUGCCUUUAGAUGGGAUGGUGUCUACUUGCUUUCUGACUGUUGUGAUCCAUUCAAUGACAAAGCACUACGAGCUAGUCGUGGAGCCUCCUUUCAGCUUCCUAUAGUUUCUGGUGAUUGGGCUCAUUUGGAUAUGAUGAGGAAAAAUUUUCACAUGAAGAUCUUAGCUGGGCAUCUGCCCAAAGACGAGGAUUCAAAACCAGUCUUUUGGCUGUCAAAAGACUAUGCGGAUUCUGUAGUCAAUAUUCCUUUAUGUCUGGUCUUGGGUAGUGAAGGAAGUGGUCUUUCUGAGAGAAGUAGAGAAGAAUGUGAACUUGUGAGCAUUCCAAUGGCAGGGGAAUUCGAGUCCCUCAAUGUUUCAGUAGCCGGUGGAAUAUUUCUAUACAUGUUGCAGCCUCAGAAGAGAUGA